AUGGGCACGGUGCUGUCUCUGUCGCCUGCCUCCUCGGCCAAGGGCCGGCGGCCAGGCGGGCUGCCCGACGAGAAGAAGAAGCCGCAGCAGUCCGCUGGGGAGGAGUCUCUGGGAGUCUACGGGCAGCUGCCGUCGGGGAAAGCUGGCAAGGGAGAGAGCCGGCUGAAGCGGCCGUCAGUUCUCAUCUCGGCGCUCACCUGGAAGCGACUGGUGGCCGCAUCAGCCAAGAAGAAGAAGGGCAGCAAGAAGGUGACGCCCAAGCCCUCUCAGGCGGGCCCAGACUUACUAGUCCAGCAGCGCAACCGAGAGAACCUUCUCCGCAAGGGCCGAGAACCCCCGGAUGGCGGCGGCGCCGCCAAGCCCCUGCCUGUGCCCGUGCCCACAGUGCCCACCACAGUCGAGCCGUCCUCCGGAGUCAGUGCCUCGGCCCCGCCAGGCUCCGGAGGGGGAGGAGGGAAGCCCCCGCCUCCGCCACCAUCUGCGGCUGCCCCCCAGGCUCCCUCAGUCCCCGGAGGUUCUCCGCGACGGGUCAUCGUGCAGGCCUCCACUGGCGAGCUGCUACGCUGCCUGGGCGACUUUGUGUGCCGGCGCUGCUACCGGCUGAAGGAGCUGAGCCCUGGAGAGCUGGUGGGCUGGUUCCGAGGGGUGGACCGGUCCCUUCUGCUGCAGGGGUGGCAAGACCAGGCGUUCAUCACCCCGGCCAACCUGGUGUUCGUGUAUCUGCUGUGCCGGGAGGCGCUGCGCGGGGACGAGCUGGGCUCGGCCGCUGAGCUGCAGGCCGCCUUUCUCACCUGCCUCUACCUCGCCUAUUCCUACAUGGGGAACGAGAUAUCCUACCCGCUCAAACCUUUCCUAGUGGAGCCGGACAAGGAGCGCUUCUGGCAACGUUGUCUGCGGCUCAUCCAAAGGCUCAGCGCGCAGAUGCUGCGGCUCAACGCAGAUCCCCACUUCUUCACCCAGGUCUUCCAGGACCUCAAGAACGAGGGCGAGGUCGGUAUGGGGGCUGGGGGUCCCACGGGCGGUGGCGCUACCAACGCCAGGGACAGCAACGCCGGAGCCAAGCACUGGACUAUGAAUCUGGACCGCUAG